GGCACAGCAGCUUCCGGGAAAACCUGAUGAAAUUCUGCGAGAAAAACAACACAAACUUUCACUGUUUUCAGAAAAUCGGCUCAUUGUAAAUAUUAGUUGAAUUAAUAAAACCAACCGAAUUCACCUCUGAACCAUGGAUCCUGUCGCAUACCAGGCCAUGCAGUCAUGUGACAACUUUGUAGCGCUUCCUCCAGCAACUCCUGAAGGUACUGUUAUAUUUGGUAAAAAUUCGGAUCGACCAUCAACAGAGGUACAAGAAGUUGUCUAUCAAGUUGCAGCUGAUCAUGAGAGUGGAGCCAGGCUGAAGUGCACCUAUAUUGAGAUUGAGCAAGUUGCGCAUACCCAUGCAGUGAUCUUGUCAAAACCAGCUUGGAUGUGGGGAGCAGAGAUGGGUGCCAAUGAUAAAGGGGUGUGCAUCGGAAAUGAAGCUGUCUUUACCAAACUACAAGGACCAGAAGAUCAAGAGGAGAGGUUACUUGGGAUGGAUUUUGUUAGGCUUGGACUAGAAAGAGGUGCAACUGCUGCUGAAGCCAUGAAGGUUAUCACACAAUUAUUGGAGGAGCACGGUCAAGGUGGCCGUUGUUUUGAGGAAGAGUCAGUGAAGGUCAUCAUCUAUCAUAAUUCUUUCAUAAUCGUAGAUGCAACGGAGGCCUGGGUCUUGGAAACUGCUGGGAGACAUUGGGCAGCAGAGACGAUAUCAAGUGGUGUUAGAAAUAUAUCAAACCGUCUGACUAUCACAACGAAAAUAGACGCCAUGUCCAGUGGAAUAAAGGAGCAUGCUCAGACCAGUGGUUUAUGGAAUGGCGAUGGAGAUUUUGACUUUACCAAAACGUAUCGUCGUGAGGAGCCACCAUCAGUACAAACAUGUGAAGCCAAUCAAAGAGCAGAUCAUAGAUACGAAUGUGGGAGGAAACUGAUGGAAAAAUAUGCAGCUGAUGGUACUUUUAGCAUCCAGAACAUGUUCAGCAUUCUACGCGAUGAAGAGAGUGGCAUCUGCCGGACAGGAUUCACUGUGCCAACCGGUAGCCAGGUCUCUGUUUUACAUCUACCCAGCUCUAAAAUACCAUGCAGUCAUUGGUUCACAGCUACACCCAAUCCAAAAUACUCAGUCUUCAAACCAUUUAUAUUCGCACCAAACGUUACGAUAGGACAGCUGACAAUUUCGCCUAAAUAUGGUGACGAAGAUCCGGUAAAGGUGAAACCACGUUUUCAGUCCAAAGUUGACCGCAGACAUUAUUUGUACAAAUCACACGAAAAUGGAGAAUAUAUUAUGAAGAUGGAGAAACGUGGAAAAGACUUACACAAAGUUUUGAGUAAAUUGGAAGCACAGUGCGUAGAAGAUGUGCAAGACUUUUUAUUAGAUUUUGAUGAAUCGAAAUUAUGGGAAAUUAAGGAUUUGUUUAAAGACGUUGUGGAAUCGGAGUGUAAGUUUUAUAAAUAGGGAGUGCAGACAUCAUAACAGAAUGUGUGUGCGAGGUUGCUGGACCCUGUCAAGUGAUGCACUCAUGUGGAGGAAUAUUGACUUUCAACCAUCCUGUCUACUAAUUUUACAAUUUAUGUAUAUUUUACUUUUAUCAAGGCCUAAAUCAGUGCCAAAUUUAUGAAAUAUUGGGCAUGUACAUAUACUUGAUUCCAUAAUUUCUAGUCUACGUAACCGGUUGUUGUUAUUUUUAGAUGACAGGUGCUUCAAGAAAUCUGUUGUCACUGUUGCAGCUCAGGGUUGAAUUGUUGUGGGAAAUGAGAUGACUCAACUGUUGACCGUCACUAAUAUAAACUAAGUAAUGUUCGCAAAAAGUUGGUGAAUUUGCUCUUUUUUACUUUGCACUAGCCUAAAUUCUGUGUUUACUGAAUGUUUGUGUUGGCCUGCCAUGUCCUAAAGUAAAACACUUGCAAACAUUGCGUAGUUUACAGUACGCAUACACCAAUGGAGCUUGUUAAUUGCCAUGUUAAUGCAGAGGCUAAUGAAUACCAUUGGCUGUGCUAGUAUCUAAAUAGUUACAUGUAGGACACCUAUUUUCUUCAGGGAGAUUGAGCCUAGAACUUUUUCACCUCUGAAUCCCCCCAGCAAGCUUUUAUGUUCCAUUCCAUCACUCUCUACAUGUGUCAUUUGUGACUUGAGGUAAUCCUCAGUCACUUAACUAGAAUUUUUGCAAGGCUUUUCACCUUGAAUUUGUCAUUUGAAUUGUACAUAGCCUGCAUGUGUGUUCCUGUACAUUUACAUGUACAUUGUAGUAUCACCUAUUGCUCAAUGUGUAUUACCAGCCAAAAUGCAUUUCUAGUUCAAAUUAUUGUGGAGAUGUUUUUUCCAGAGGUGUUUAUUUUUACUAAUGCUGAUUGCGCUAGCUUAAAGCCUUCUCAGUUCAUAAGAGGAGUGAGAGAUUCAAUUCAAGGGGUACAUGUUAUUUUGUGAGAAUUGUUGGAUGAUAGUACGUGUAUGUUGAUGUACAUUUUGUCUGUGGUACAUUUAUGUAAUAUGUUGGUCAAUAAAGCCUCCAGCUGCACUGUAA